AAACUCAUACGAAAAAGAUCCGUAUACGAACGAUUCACACGAUUCGUUUCCGUAUACGAACGAAAAAUACUAUUCACAAAAUAUUUAUAUUCGUAUACGAAUCCGCGAUCCGUAUGGGAAUGAUUUUCACACGAUGAACAGCGGCAACAUCGCAAAUUGUUGUUUUUAUCAUGGAAGAGAAAACUAUUUGCGUUGUUUUAUUACAUAUUUUCCGCGUUUUAAUAAAACUGUUUUACCGUUUUCUUUUUUUCGUCAUCGAUUCGAAAUAACUUUUUUUAAAUGUCGGUCGAAAAAAGAAAUAAAUCAAAAUCUGUCACUAAUGACCAAAAAUCGGCUAUGGUUGAUUUUUUGAAAAGCCACGAGGAGUUGGCUAAAGGCAAACAUUCCUCGACUUUCACUCAAGCCAUAGCCAAGCAACAGUGGGAAGAACUAACGGGGAUAUUAAAUUCAAUUCCGGGCCCUAUUAAGGAUUGGAAGUCCUGGCGCCGGACAUGGCAAGAUCUAAAAGCUGAUGCUAAAAAAAAACAGGCAUUAUUAAAUAAAAAUAUGAAAGGUACCGGAGGUGGACCAUCGACAUCAGGGUCACUUGACAGUGUAAGUCUAACAGUGGUGGGCAUGAUAGGUGUGGUGCCUAUUUCUGGUGACCCUUCUAUCAUGGAUUAUCCAGUUUGUUUUGAUUUUGACACCCCAAACAAACAACAAAAUCAAUCACUGGUCAUCGAAGUACCAAAUUUAGAAAAUGUCAAUCAAAGUGAAUCCUAUGAUGAAUCGGAUUCAACAAACAUGUAACAUAACAAUGUUUUAACUUAAUAAUAAUAGUGAUAUGUACUGUCCCUGAAUUUUUUCAUUACAUUGGUUUUAA